AGAAGAAGUGAACUGGUUUGUUUGUGUUUCUCAGCUGAGCCAAACCAGGUUGUUCUUAGAACAAUGUCUUCAGUUCAUCAUCUGAGAGACUUUAUUUGUGGGAGGCUGACAGCUGCUGCUGCAGAAAUAUUCUCCGAGUUUGAAAAAACCAUCCUGCGGUACGAAGAAGAAAUAAAGCAUCAGCGCGGACUGCUGGAUCCCUGCUGGAAACCUGAACUAAAGCUGCAAAGAGUCGACCUCCAGCAGGAACCGGUCCACAAGAAGCUCUGCAAGCAGGAGAGGAACUCCAGCCUGGACCAGGAGGAACCAGAACCUCCACAGUUUGAGGUCCAGGAGGAACCAGAACCUCCACAGUUUGAGGUCCAGGAGGAACCAGAACCUCCACAGAUCAAAAUAGAGGAUGAGGAGCUCUGCACCAAUCAGGAGGAAGAUCAGCUCCACCUGAAGCAGGAGACUGAUCUGGAUCUGGAGACGGUUUUAUAUGAAGAAAGUGAACCAGAACCAGACAAGGAGCAGCUCAUCUCUCAGAGUUCGGCUCGACCUGAGGACCAGGAUCWGGAUUCAGGGUCAGAUGAGAGGAUGGAUCACACAGAGGGUCAUCAUGUCACUGUUUCCAUCUGGUCUGCUGAAAUGCUGGUUGGCAGAUCUCGGUCUUGCACUUUGURKUGAUGAAGGUGUGAGAACGAGAACAGAGGUUUCUCUUCUUCAUCAUCUUCAUUUUUCAAAGGAACUGCUGUUGAAGAUAACCUGGUGUGAUCAGUCUCCUCCUUCACAUUGUGCUGCUCUUCCCUCAGACUGGAACAGACUUCCUCCUCCUUGAUGUGGAGGUGCACUGGAUUCUGCUGGUCAAAACCAGGCCUCUGUUCUUCAGAAGCAUGUUCUGGAAUCAACACCCUCUGCUGAACAUCUGUAGGAAUCACUGAAAACAAAAUUAAAUUAUCACUGUUAUCCAGUUCCCCGGCAAAAACAUUGUAAUAUAUCAUAUGCUGUUAA